AGAGCGGAAGAGCCCAGCCCCAAAGUGUGCGCAGGCGCCCUCCGCCGCCCGGUCGCAGGCAUGUGCGCAGGCCCACUGGCCCCCCUUCUGUCCUCUGGUAGUCAGAGGGGGAACCACCUGCGCCUGACACCUUGUGCUUCCGGGUCAGCCUUGGUAGCGGUUUUCGGUACCCAUUUCGACUUGGUGGUUCGUUUGGAGCAUGUAAACAUAUCCUGAGUCCUUGAUGAGUUCCAGUAUGUGGUAUAUUAUGCAGAGCAUUCAGAGCAAAUAUUCUCUCUCAGAGCGCUUAAUUCGAACAAUUGCUGCCAUACGUUCCUUUCCUCAUGAUAAUGUGGAGGACCUGAUCAGAGGGGGAGCUGAUGUGAAUUGUACUCACGGCACACUGAAGCCACUGCACUGUGCAUGCAUGGUGUCAGAUGCUGACUGUGUGGAGUUACUCUUGGAAAAAGGAGCUGAGGUAAAUGCUCUAGAUGGCUACAACCGGACGGCUCUCCAUUACGCAGCUGAGAAAGAUGAAGCCUGUGUGGAAGUCCUGUUGGAAUAUGGUGCAAACCCCAAUGCACUAGAUGGCAACAGAGAUACCCCGCUUCACUGGGCAGCCUUUAAGAAUAAUGCUGAGUGUGUAAGGGCCCUUCUAGAAAGUGGUGCCUCCGUCAAUGCCUUGGAUUACAACAAUGACACACCACUCAGCUGGGCAGCCAUGAAGGGAAACCUUGAGAGUGUUAGCAUACUCCUUGACUAUGGUGCAGAGGUCAAGGUCACCAACUUAAAGGGCCAGACACCUAUCUCCCGGUUGGUGGCUCUGUUGGUUAGGGGAGUAGGAACAGAAAAAGAGGAUUCUUGCUUUGAGCUCCUCCACAGAGCCGUUGGACACUUUGAAUUACGGAAAAAUGGCACCAUGCCUGGUGAGGUAGCCAAAGACCCACAACUUUGUGAAAAACUGACUAUGCUGUGCUCUGCCCCAGGAACCCUGAAAACAUUGUCUCGAUAUGCUGUUCGACAUAGCCUGGGACUCCAGUAUCUGCCAGAUGCAGUAAAGGGCCUGCCGUUGCCAGCAUCUUUGAAGGAAUACUUGUUACUUGUAGAAUAACUGAGGAAGAGCUUGGGCCAUCACACAACAAUUCUACAUGAGGUUUGCUCUGCAGACCUAGUUGUCCUGUUCUGUCAUGGGGAAAUGGGAUGCAGAUGCUCAUGCCUGGUGCAUAGAUUUUGAAACAACAUAUCACAGCAAUAACACCCUUGCCACCUCCCCUCUAAGCCAAACAAAAAAAAAAUCCAGUGCUUUUUUGUUUGCAGAAAGUGUGUGUAUUGCUUACUCAGCUUUUGUUAUUUGCACCUUCUAAUGGAAGAGGUCUCCAUGUCCCCUCUCAUUUAGGAGACUUGCAGCUAGAGCCAGCUGCACAGCUGAAUUUCUUUAGGAAAAUUAAAUAUAUUUAAAUAAUGUGUGUGAUCUCCCUGCAGAAACAUUUGGUGACUAACCCUUUAGGAGCUUUUUAAUUGGUCAUUGGAGAUUUUCAGGGAAAAAACAGACCAGUUAACACUGUUCACAGUCUAAAGAAGAAAAUAUAACAGUUUAAAUAGUGCAAUUUAAUAAUGACUUAACUGAAUGACAUGCUAGCAUUGCCAUGUUAUUGAGGGGGGAAUUUUCCUUUGUUUCCCAUCAUAAGAAAUAACAAGCUGUCCUUUUUUUUACCCCUGUUUGAGUGGUACAGCAGAAUUAACUUAUCUGCUCUCCAGUGUAAAGAAAAUAGUUAUCUGUAGUCCUGAAAAUGCUAGUUUCUCACAUGUAUUACCUCUCAGACUUUCCCCAAUCAGGUGUUCCAACCGCACCAAGAAGCCAUCGUCCCUAUCCUUUAGAUCUUUUAGUGUUUGAUUCUAGAAGGGAAAGGUAUAAGCUAGGCUGCUUUCUUCCAAGCUCAAGUUCAUAGUCUCUGUAUAGAAAACUCCACUAAAUGUUUGGAAUUGUUUUUCUUUCAUUGUUAAGUUGUGCUUUGUACUAAUUGACAUUUUAGUCAUUUCAGGCUGUGUGUAUGUAUGUGUUGGUAGUGGGAGAUACUGUAUGGAGAAGAACCAACUGCCUAGAAAAGUGUGGUUUGGGUCAGUAGGACUUUUUAUUUCCAUAUUCCUAAACUUUGAAUCAAAUAAUCUGAGGAAUACUUGACUAAAACAAAAAACUCUGUGUAUGUGUGUGUUGGGGGAAGGGAAGGGAGGGAACUAAGGAAAAUGGUGGGAGGAAGCCAUAUGCAAAAUAGGAAUGGAAUCUGUUGAGGUAACUUGAAAAUAAGUGAGAAGAAAGGCAGUUUGAUAUAUUGAAUAAAGAGUAGACUUUGAAUUCAGGAAGACCUGGGUUCAAAUUCUUCCAUACAUACUGGCUUUGUAACCCUGGGCAGAUCAUUUAGUACUCUAUUUAGCUUAAGACUAUAUAUAAAGUACCGAACAGUUGCCAGUUGGUAUUGACCAAAAGAGUUUCCUCAUUAAGAGAUCCCUAAAAUCACAUGUCUGGUCCAAAAGUAAAGUGAAUCUGAUUUUUUUGUUGUUGUUA